AUGGAUGAGGGGGAUAGGAAAACCAUCAGAAUUGUUAAAGGUGCACUGACUAUGAUGAAAGGAAAGUUAACUGCAAAUACUUACCUCAUUGGAACUGUCAUGCUCGUGUUUGGAAUGGGUCUCUAUGAGAUCUUCAUCAGCAAAUUGGAUGUUGCCAAGAAUUCUUCCCACGGAUCAAGUUUCAUUGGGCUCUUCAAACUUCCGGAAAAACCCAAAUGGUUGGAAAUCAAAUCAGUGAGUGAGCUGAAAACAAAAGUGGGACAUGCUGUAGUUUUGGUCCUGCUGAUUGGCUUGUUUGAUAAGAGCAGGAAAUUGGCGAUAUGUUCUACUAAUGAUCUUCUCUACUUUGCUGCAUCCAUCCUCUUGUCCUCAGGCUGUCUCUAUCUCCUCUCCAUGCUUCAGUCUUAAAAAGUUGAAAUAAUUGAAUAUAUAUAUUGUAUAGAAGAAGAAAAUGUGUGAGUUAACAGUUGUUAAAUAAUGAUUCUAAGCAUCAUUUUGUAAAUAAUAAUCUUCAUAAAUGGCAUAAAAGAUUUACUAGAUGUGUGGAGUUCUUGGUAAGGUAUAUUUGAAGGUUAUGUUUGAUCUUCUUGCCUUUAGUUUGAAGGGACAUUUACAGGCAUACCAUCCAGUU